AUGGGGAUCAAAGUUCAACGUCCUCGUUGUUUCUUUGAUAUAUCAAUUAACAAUGUUACAGUUGGAAGAGUUGUCUUUGAACUGUUUACAGAUACCUGUCCAAAAACAUGUGAAAAUUUCCGAUGUCUCUGCACAGGUGAAAAGGGUAUUGGAAAAACCACACAGAAGCCAUUGCAUUACAAAAAUUGUUUGUUUCAUCGAGUAGUAAAGGAUUUUAUGAUUCAGGGAGGAGAUUUUAGUGAAGGAAAUGGAAGAGGAGGAGAAUCUAUAUAUGGAGGAUUUUUUGAAGAUGAGAACUUCUCUGUUCAACACAACAAGGAAUUCCUUCUGUCCAUGGCCAAUCGGGGCAAGGACACCAAUGGCUCACAGUUUUUUAUAACAACAAAGCAAACACCUCACUUGGAUGGGCUCCAUGUUGUUUUUGGUCAAGUCGUAUCCGGUCAAGAAGUGGUAAGAGAGAUUGAAAAUCAAAAAACUGAUGCUUCUAGCAGACCGAGUGCAGAAGUCAGAAUACAGAAUUGUGGAGAACUUGUUCAGGUUCAAAAAUCUAAAUCUAAAAAAGAGAAGAAGAGGCACAAAUCUUCCUCCUCCAGUGACACAGAAGAUUCAAGUGGGUCUGAUUCCUCUUCUGAUUCAUCAUCAGACUCGGAAGAGGAAGAAAAAUCUAAAAAGAAGAAAAAGAAGCACAAGAAAACUUCCAAGAAACAGAAAAAGGGAAAGAAAAAGCGAAAAAAGAACAAGAAAAGUUCUGAGAGUGAAAAUGAAGAUGAGGUUCAAGUCACAUCCACUGUACGUCCAGAAGAGAUCCCCACUGUGCCAGAGAACAAGUUCUUAAUGAGAAGAAGUCCACAGAGAGUUGAUGAGAAAGAAGCACGAGGCAAUGACAGAGAACGAGAAAGGGAAAGCAAUUCCCUUUACCAGAGAAGACUUUUGGUAACGAGGUCUGGAAGAAAAAUUAAAGGAAGAGGCCCCAGACGCUACCGUACACCAUCAAGAUCUAGAUCUAGAGAUCGAUUUAGAAGAAGUGAGACUCCCCCACACUGGAGGCAAGAGAUGCAGAGAACCCAGAGGAUGAGAUAUUCUAGUGGAGAACGCUGGAUCAAGGGAGAUAAGAGUGAAAUGAAUGAAAAAGACAAUCCAAAAAGUCCAGUUCGAGGAAGGGAGAGGAAACUGUCUGACCAAAGGGCUCCAUCUGAGAGUCCAAGCAAAAAAAACGACCAUGGGAAGAAAAGCAAAGAUCGCAAAUCAAGCAGCAAGGAAAGGGAGUCUAAGAAACAUGGCAAAGAUGAAAAAGAGGAUAAGUCAUGGAGCAAAAAAAGAGCAAAGUCUGAUAGCCGGAGUGAAAGUAAGGAAAAUGCUAAAAGCAGCAGAGAUGCCAAGCACAGCAAGCGUGAUCGGACCAGAUCAAGAAGCAAGGGAAAAGGACAUGAACGGGAAAGAGAAAAAGAAAAACAAUCAGACAGCAAAAAAAAAGAUAAAGAGAGAAGCAGAAGUAAGGAGAGAGCAAAACAAAGCAAGUCAAAAAAUGAAACUUCAAAAAGUAAAAGCAAAGAGAGAGGUAGAAGUAAAAGCAAGGACAGAGCGAGAAGCAAAGAGAGAGUAAGAAGUAAGAGUAAAGAGAGAAGGAAAAGCAAAGAGAGGGGUAGAAGUAAAAGUAAGGAAAGAAUAAAAAGUAAAGAACGUGGUAGAAGUAAAAGCAAGGAAAGAAGGAAAAGUAAGGAACGAGGUAGGAGUAAAAGCAAGGACAGAAAAAAAAAGUAAAGAACGGGGUAGAAGUAAAAGCAAGGAGAGAAAGAGAAGUAAAGAACGGGGUAGAAGUAAAAGCAAGGAGCAAGGCAAAAGUAAAGAACGGGGUAGAAGUAAAAGCAAGGAGCAAGGCAAAAGUAAAGAACGGGGUAGAAGUAAAAGCAAGGA